AAACGAAGGCGAACACAUGUUUUUGUUUACUACUCUGUGUUAGCUUUUGAGCGUUACAAACGUGCGUUUACCACCGCAUUUAUAUUUUUUUGUAAAUUCAAUAGUUAAUCAAGAGAUUUUUUGGCAAAAUGGGCAAAAGAGAGAAAAACAAGAAAAAAGGCAAAGGAGCCGAAAAAACAACGAUUAAAACGGAUAAAAAACUGGCGGCUAGGCAGAAAAAAAUGAUCGCAAAGCUUGGCGAGGACGAUAUUGAAACAAUUGUGGCUAAAUAUGAAGCAAUAGAAACUAAAUCUUCGGAUCUAACGGAAGUUCUCUGUGCACCACCGACCGCAAGAGCCAAUUAUUCCAUUUGUUCCCAUCCGGAUAAGGAAGAGAUUUUUAUUAAUGGUGGAGAAUUUUUCAAUGGUCAGAAGACCUUUGUUUAUGGAGAUUUCUUCUGCUACAAUAUCACCAAGAACGAAUGGAAAGUGCUUAAAUCAUCGAUCUGUCCAGCUCCCAGAAGUGGUCACCAGAUGGUUUCGGUGAGCACGGACGGUGGUCAAAUCUGGCUUUUCGGAGGGGAAUUUGCUUCACCAUCGCAGCUUCAAUUCUACCACUAUAAAGAUCUGUGGGUGUACCGAAUUGCCAAAAAGCAAUGGGAAAAAAUCAAUGCUGCAAACGCGCCAAACGCCAGAAGUGGUCACCGAAUGGUUGUAACCAAGAAGAAAUUAUUUGUUUUUGGCGGUUUUCAUGAUAACAACACGUCCUAUCGAUACUUCAAUGACCUACAUUGUUUCUCGUUGGAGAAUUAUACUUGGACUAAGAUAGAGCCAUCUGGAACUCCACCAGCACCUCGUUCCGGUUGUUGCAUGAUAGCUAAUCCCGAAGGAAAGAUUCUCGUUUGGGGUGGCUAUUCUAAGUCAAAUGUUAAGAAGGAAAUAGAUCGUGGAGUCACACAUGCAGAUAUGUUUGCGCUAACAUCGGAUAAAAAUGACCUCGAGUCUUAUAAAUGGACAAGCGUCAAACCUGGCGGAAAACGUCCACCUCCCAGGAGUGGAAUGAGUGCCGUGAUUGCUGCUAACGGUAAAGUAUAUACAUUUGGAGGUGUAUUGGACACCGAAGAAGAUGAAGAGGACGUACGAGGCAUGUUCAGCAACGAACUACACUCGCUUGAUCCGGCUUCGCAUAGCUGGAGAAAGCUUGAUCUGUCAACAAAGAAAAAAACCCUGAAACCUCAAGAAGCCGAAAUGGAGGAAGAAACUAAGCCAGCUGAAGUGAAAACUGUUGUCCACGAUGAUGGCGUUUUUACCGUGUCUGUGGGCGGGCCUUCGCAGAGCAGUUCCAGUACUAAAAUGAACUCAGAAACGGUUGAUCUCGGUGGACCAACACCACGUAUGAACUCAGGAAUCGUUGUAUGCAAAGGACUUCUUUACAUCUACGGCGGUCUGUACGAAAGUGGAAGUCGACAGUAUACACUGAGUGAUUUCUAUUCCAUCGAUUUGCAUAAAAUGGAUCAAUGGAAGACGCUUAUCGCUAACAGUCUCACUGGUAAUGAAUGGCUCGGUUCGGAUAGUGAAGAUGGUUCUUCCGACGAUGAUGAAGGUUCCGAUGACGAUGACGAAGACGAUGAUUCCGAUGACGAUGAUGAUAGCUCGGAUAUGGACACCGAAUAGUACUUCAUUAUCUUUGUCAAAUAAACAUGUAACAAUGUCACUUGAACACAAUCUAUACAUUAGCGAACAUUUUAUUUCUUCAUUAGAUUAUGACGCUUUAACUGGUACCAGUGUUCGGAGCAUGAGCAUGAUUGACCGCCCGCUGAUGGUA